CCGACGCUAUGGAGCUGAUUGCGAAUUCAACGGACAACUACGAGUCCGGGCCGCACCAGGCCUGCGACAAGAUCGUGCUAAAGGUCAACAAGGUGCAGUCGUACGUGAUUCUAUUGCUGGUGUACUAUGGACCCGGUUGCGGCAGUCCCAACGUUAUUGUCGGCAAGGAUGAGGCCCUCAAGUUCUUCCCCGAAGACUACAAGCAGCCGGAGAUGGAAGUCGUGGUCGUGCCGGAAAAUAAGAAAAAGGUGAGCUUAUUUGUAUUCAAUGUCCCGGAUCCAGAAACUGUAUCACAGCGGCCUCUACGACGGAAGCGACGGGCGGCGUACCGGAAGGCAGAGAAGCUCCUGUAGCACAAGGAGAAGAAUCACCAACCGCCGAGGGAGAAGGAGCAACAGUGCCACAAGCAACCGCCGAUACUGCAGUAGCGUUCGAUGGAGCUGUCCCUGAAGCAGCAACCGCCGAUACGGCUGUAGCGGCCGAUCGAGCUGUCCUUGAAGCAGUACCGGAGGUAACAACUUCCGUUGUAGGCAUCAGCAUCACAGCGGUCGCCGCAGGGGAAGCAGCAGCCCCUACGACUGAAGCGGCGGGCGGCGUACCGGAA